AUGUCUUUCCAAUCCCUAGCCACGACCCCUGCAGUGCAGGCCAUGAACGACAACCUGUUGAGGAAUCUGUGGUCUUAUCGCGAGGUGCAGGAUGGAGGGGUGGAUGGAGGGGUUGAUCAAGGAGAAGAGACGGAGAGUGCACAUGAGGAAGAUGAAGAUGUGGAGAUGGAAGAGGAAGAAGAGGUGCAAGAAGAAGUUAUUUCUUCACCACCACCACCACCACCAGAAGUAGAAGUGGCAGUGCAAGUAGAAGUUGCAGCAAAGGAGAAGAAAUCACCUAAAUUACAUAUCCCAAUGAGGAUUUGGAAUCAGGUUGUGCCUAGAGGUAAGGCUGAUGCACAAGUGGUGCAAAAAGUCCAAGAAGUUCAAGAUCCCAAGGUGGAUUCUCCGAAGCGCAAACGCGUUUCUCUUGUCUUGAAUCACGAGGUAGAGGUAGAGGCAAGUGAACGACAGGCGCGAGAGCAGGAAGCAGAAGAGCGCGUAGAAGAAAGAGGCCGAAGGAAGCGCACAAAGACAUUGAAAGCCUCUCAAAACGAAGAGAUUUCACGGGAGAAGACGAGCGGAGCUUCAAGGUCACGUGGGCAUGCGGCUUCAGCUUCGACGUCUAGACCCGCUUCCCGCGCCACUGCAGCUACCGCACCACGUUCACGUGGAAGCGAGAACGCGCCACUGUCUUCCUCCGCCCUCGCGCUGGAAACCGCCGCCCGCACGCUGGAAAAACGCGCCGUUGCCUCCUCCUACCUCUCCUCAUCCACGGAAGCAUCACCGCCAACAACGCCACCACCCAACGAAGGCCCCCGCGCAGCAUGGCACCGCCUCUUCCCGCACCAUCCCCCGCUCUCAGACUACUACCACCUCGGCGAAUGGCGCGAAUUAAUGGUUUGGAAAGAAGCCAAAGGAUAUAUUAAACGGGCCGCAGAUGACCCCUGGGAGAAGCCGGUGUUUAGGAAACCGGGAUGGAAUAAGAGGGAUGAGGAACAUGAGGAACUGUGGCAGGGGUGUGAGAGGAGGAUGGUGAGGGAGAGGGGAUGGACGUAUGAGGGGAGGGUGGCGGGGGAUGUGGAUAUGGUUAGGGCGGCUGAGAGGGGUUGGGGUGUAGGGGGGUGGGAGGGGUGA